GUCGUGGUGCUUGGGCGGUCGCCACCUAAAGGACUUCGGUGGGGCAGCCUCGGGGGCAGCUUGUCUCCGGCCUCGCUGCCAGCCUGCUCUUCGCGGAUCGCGGGCCUCAGCGUAGGGUGUGCGUGCGGGCGGGUGCCUGGGCCGCCUUGGGGCCUGGGCCCAGCCGCAGAGGGGCCGCGAGAUGCAGCCGCCGGGCCCGCCCCCGGCGUAUUCCCCUACGAACGGGGACUUCACCUUUGUCUCUUCGGCAGACGCGGAAGAUCUCAGUGGUUCAAUAGCAUCCCCAGAUGUCAAAUUAAACCUUGGUGGAGAUUUUAUUAAAGAAUCUACAGCUACUACAUUUCUGAGACAAAGAGGAUAUGGCUGGCUUUUGGAAGUUGAAGAUGAUGAUCCUGAAGAUAACAAGCCACUCUUGGAGGAACUGGAUAUCGAUCUAAAGGAUAUUUACUACAAAAUCCGGUGUGUUUUGAUGCCAAUGCCAUCACUUGGUUUUAACAGACAAGUGGUGAGGGACAAUCCUGACUUUUGGGGUCCUCUGGCUGUUGUUCUUUUCUUUUCCAUGAUAUCAUUGUAUGGACAAUUUAGGGUGGUCUCAUGGAUUAUAACCAUUUGGAUAUUUGGUUCCCUAACAAUUUUCUUACUGGCCAGAGUUCUUGGUGGAGAAGUUGCAUAUGGCCAAGUUCUUGGAGUUAUAGGAUAUUCACUACUUCCUCUCAUUGUAAUAGCCCCUAUACUUCUGGUGGUUGGAUCAUUCGAAGUGGUAUCUACACUUAUAAAACUGUUUGGUGUGUUUUGGGCUGCCUACAGUGCUGCUUCAUUGUUAGUGGGUGAAGAAUUCAAGACCAAAAAGCCUCUCCUGAUUUAUCCUAUCUUUUUACUAUACAUUUAUUUUUUGUCCUUAUAUACUGGGGUGUGAUUUAAGUCAUAUAUGAGUAGAAAAGGCAAUGUUACAUUUGUGUGUAGUAGGGGAAUUCUUGCUGAGGUGAUUGAAGAAAACCUGUUGAUGGUAAAAUUUUACAUGUUCUACAUGAAAGGCAGUUUUGAGGUCUUUUUAAAACCAUAUUUUUUGUAUUUAAUUAAGCGUUUGCAGUUUUCUGGAUUUUGGGGGGUCAGAAUUCCCAAUUCUGUUUGAUUCUUCAUAUUCCAGUGAAUAAAAUAUAAAAGCAUUGUGUUUUUAAAAUUGUGUCAAUAUUCACCUAAAAACUUGUGCCAAAAGCACCUGGAAUGGUAAUUAUAUUUCAUUCAAAGGGUAAAUAUGGCAACAUCCUGAUAAUCUAAAAGUGCAAUUUUUUUUUCUUUAAAGGGUUUUCUCCUGCAUCACAGAUCCUGUAGAUAUAUAUUUAUAUUUAUACAUAUAUAUUUAUGAAAUAAUUCUUAUUAUUCACAAAAUAUAUUUCUGAAUAGCCUAAAAGUUAAGAUAUUUUAAAUCUGAUGCUUAACCAUUCUUUAAUUUGGCCAUUAAUCUUUUUAUUUAUAAAUUUAAAUUUGUUUUUUGAAUUGUAUAUACUUUAAAAGUCUCAUAUGUGCUUCAGUAUGUCCUUAUUAAGAAGUCUAACUAAAACUAAUUUUAACAGUUGCUGAAGUAGGUUUGCUUGGUUAUGCUUUGAAAAAACUUUUUUGAAUGACUGUCUGAUUUCAGUUUCUGUUCAUCUUUCUGACCAAAGGAACAGAAGUUUAAUGGAUAUGGCAUUAUUAUAAUUGUUAAUAUGUAGAAAAAUACUAAUAUUUAUAGCAUCAGUAAAUAUUUUUAAGUGGUACUCCUAAGUUAUAAAAGUUGCUGGAAAGAGACCUUUAAAAUCUUGUGGUCCUGAACAAUGUUAAAUGAAGUAGAAAAAAAUAAAAUGCUUCCCAGCUG